AUGGUGCUCAUGGAGGCCUAUAAGUACCAGCCUUUAGCUCACGCCAGCGAUAUAAGGUUGCUCCGUCUGCAUGCAGCUACACAAUCGAGGGACCCGAUACAAAUCAGCAUAGAACACCACGAGAGAUUGCCAGCGGUUGCCAGGUCAAGGUUCGACCUUGACGCUGCUUAUCGCGAUGCUCGAACCGAAUUUGAAAGAGUACGGAAUGAUCUGGAAGCCGACAAAACUCUUCAGCAUUAUGUAAAACGCGAUCUCGUGCGAUCGGAUACCGAUGCACAUCAUGCCGAUUUGAGUGAGGCUCGGUCUCAAAUGCAAAUACGAUAUAAGGUCGCCAAGACAGAGUUUGAAGAACAAUCUGCGAAAUACUGGGCGCGGCGCCAGGAAGAAGCUUCAGCGCCUGAUGCACCCCCACUCUGGUCUUUGAGCUACGAGGCCCUGUCGUAUGCUUGGGGCACUGACCCAACGACUGACACAAUCUCUGUCCUCGAGGCAGGAAGUGCUCGGUCGCUUGAAGCUCGUCGCAACGUGGCUGAGAUGCUACGAAAUUUGCGCAGACCGAGGAGUGAUCGUCAACUUUGGAUUGAUUCCAUUGCCAUAAAUCAAGCUGACUUACAUGAGAAAGAGAGUCAAGUCAAACAAAUGGGGGUCAUAUACGCGGACGCAAGCCGCGUCCUCAUUUGGUUAGGACCAGAGUCAGAUAGCGAGGAGUCGGUUCAGAACGAGAACGAUGACAAUAUCAUCCACUCUGCUCUUGAGCCUUCCAUUGAGCUCAUUAAGCGUUCUUGGUUUCAUCGACGCUGGGUUAUUCAGGAAGUUGGACUAGCAUCAGAAGCUGUCAUGGUGUGUGGUACAAAAUCGGUCGAGUUUCAGGAAUUUGUGUGUCGCAUUGAACGCUUACAGCGACUAUCUGAAACUUCUUCGAUCGCCUUCAUCCCCACGGACAAAACCGUCAUCGAACGACUUCGGGCCAUGGCGAACCUGCAACUCUCUUGUCGAGGGCAAUUCCUUCCCAGGAGGUUACUAGAUCUCUUGCUCAACUUUGCCGCCGCAAAGUGCUCCGAUGAUCGCGAUAUACUUUACGCUUUGAACAGUCUCAGCAUGUCACCACUCUCUAUCAGUUAUCGAGUGCCUACUGAAGAUCUCUACAUGAGUUUUGCUUAUUCGGAAGUAAUGCAAACCCCUUCGAUUCUGUUAAGUGUUGCUGGCGCACAUCCUACGUCGUCGAAAUCACUACCUUCAUGGACACCAGACUGGCGUGUAACGCCUAUCUACGAACCCUACGCCAAUCGCAAUUUCGAUAGCGCCUAUCGAUCCAAGAUUAAAUGGAACCAGAUCAUAAUGCUUGAUCAAAUGACCUUGACCGUUAUGGGAAAGCAGAUGGGCAAGGUCGCCUUGACAAGCACGUUCCAUAAUCUGGAGAACUGGGUCAAACUUUAUGUUUCUCACAGUAGUGAACUUCCGCAUAGUGAGAAUUUAUCUGCUCUUGACCUACUGAAGGUGCUCACACGUUCGCGCGGUGGUCUCCAUAGGCUGUCGUCGGACCAGCAUAGCAUACUUCUUAGAUUUCUGACUCGAGACCCAACCCUAAACGAGAGACCAGCGAAAUUUGUGCAAAGAUUCUUCGGCGAAAUUGACGAAACUAUGCGUGGAAGAACGUGCUUCGUCACUGACGGUGGUGCUAUUGGCAUGGGGCCAGCGAAAAUACGAGUAGGUGAUGUUCUCAUUCAGAUUUCUGAUAGCCCAGGCGUCACUGCUCUACGUCCAGUGCGUGAAAGCGCGUCAAUACCGAGCAAAUACGCAUCGGGGCCUGAACCAGGCUUGGGGAACGCGCUUGUCAACGUCCCGCGUCCCAGUGAUGGGGGUUCAGCCUCUGCGAAAUAUAUUGUGGUGGGUGAUUGUCACGUCCCUCGGCUCGUUCGUGGUCACAUUCAGCCUACACUCGCUCUAGAACACCUUAGUCCCUUCACCAUUGUGUGA